AUGAGUCUGAUGAAUCUUCUACCUUCUCUUGCUGUUUCUCACACAAACACACUUCCUAAGCUGAAAACUCAAACUUCAAACCUUGUACUUGGACAAAGGGUCCUACCUAAUCUCCUCUCUUUGGCCCUUGCAGCAACCUUAGCCUCUCCUUUUCCUUCUCAUGCAAUUCCAUCCUUCAAUUCUCAGUCCCCUCCAAUCUCCCUCACCACUCCUUUCUCUCAAUCCAAGAACUUGGAACUUGGACUAGAAAAUGGAAAAAUUAGACCUUGUCCAUCAAUCAAUCCAGGUUGUAUAUCAACAAAUCCCAAGUCAUCAUCUUUUUCGUUUCCUUGGCUGAUUCCUGAAAACUCCUUGGACGAUGCUAUUCAGAAACUACGUGAAGCAAUCCUAAAGACCCAGAAAAAUGUGAAAUUCCAACUUGUGGAAGAUACACCUGAUGGUAAAUAUCUACUAGCUGAAGUUGAUGGAGGAUUUGGUAGGGAUGUUCUUGAGUUUCUGGUGAAAGGUGAUGUGGUUGCUUACAGAUGUAUGGCAAUGAAAGUAACUUAUGUGUACCCAUUCACUACUGCAUUAGGAGAUUCGAAGGGUCAGGAAGCAAGAUUGAAACAAAUUAAUGACCUGUUGGGAUGGUAUGCUCCAAGUUUUGAUUCCAUGGAAUAG